AUGGGGAAGAGGGCGAGAACAAGCCUCGACACGGCGGUUGUCGAUGUUUGGAAACGAGAAGUCGGCGAGCUCUCUACCAGAAACUUCGCUCACCGUCUCGGCGCCUCCGAGGACCUUGUUCUCCGACUCGAUCUCUUUAGGAAACUGGAAAACCACAGAGGUUGUGUGAACACAGUUAGCUUCAACGCAGAUGGCGACAUUCUUGUGUCAGGCUCUGAUGUUAGGAGGGUAUUAUUCUGGGAUUGGGAAGCUGGGCAGGUUAAACUCUCAUUCCACUCAGGUCAUAAUCACAAUGUUUUGCAUGCAAAAAUCAUGCCCUACACAGAGGAUCGAAGCAUUGUUACUUGUGCUGCUGAUGGCAGGUAA